AGUGCAGCAGAUAAGACUGGACGAAACCCAGAGAUGGCCCCUGAAUCCCAACACUCUGAGGCCGGCAGUACCUGUUCUAGAUGGACCCCUGUGUGCCUGGGGCUGCUGUGCCUUUUGGGGGUGGCAACAGGACUGUGUGUCAAGUACGCCACACAGAAAUACAAACUCCAUGCCGAGAGAGACCAGCUAUUGACCGAGCGAAACCAACUCCAGACAGAGCAAGAUCAGCUUAGAGUCAAUAACUCCUAUUUGACGGCAGAGAGAAAUCAGCUACUAAAUGAGACGGACUGGCUGAAGACUGCAAGAACCCAGCUACAAACCGAGAGGGACGUGCUAAAGACCGCUAACUCCAAACUGGACACAGAGAAGAAACAGCUACAAACAGAGAGGGACCAGCUAAGGACUGCUAACUCCAAACUGGACACAGAGGAGAAAAAGCUACAAACUGAGAUCCUACAACUUGAGUCUCCAUGUGAAAGUGGGUGGAAAUAUUUCAACUACAGAUGUUACCUUUACAAGGCAGAGUCUAAAACUUGGACAGAGAGCAGACAGGUUUGCCAAAACCAUGGAGCUGAUCUGGCAGUCGUCAACACAAAGGAGGAACAGAGCUUCAUCGGAAGUUUAUCAUCAGUUGGGUGGAUUGGGUUGAGGAGGCAAAACCAUUGCUGGAGUUGGGUGGACAAGACGGAGCUAUGUAAAGGCACAGGAUUCUGGGUGCCUGGACAACCAAAUGACAACGAAGAGAACUGUGUUCUAUUUCUGAGAAAUGCAAACCCCACCACCACAUGGCAUGACUACCCAUGUAGCACCAAGCAUUCUUUCAUUUGUCAGAAACACAUCAAGGAAUGUAUUCUUAAAAAAUGGAACUAAAUGUCUUAAAAAUGUAUGCUACGAUUUAUAAAAAUGCGUAUGUAACAUGUCAUAAUCUAGAGAGUUAUGCAUGUACAGCUUUGCAGUGACAAGUAAUUGUGCUUUAUUGUGGUAGCGUAGUGGUGGAAUUCCUGGCUCUCACUGUUGACCUUGAACAGGGCACUUGACUUAGGGUGACCAGAUUUCUCUGAACUAAAACCUGGACAAAUUUAACAUGAACCUAUGCGGCAUGUCAGAAAAAAACUUAAAUAAUGCUAUUUAAAUGCAUUAGAAAGAGAUUUGGGCCUGCACUAUUCCUAAAACACACGUGCAUGUCUGUCUCCUAAACAUUCCUCACCCAUUAACCAGAUAGGCUAUGCAUGAAAACAUUUGAAAACAAAACUCAGCCAUAGGUUAUUGAGAAUGAUGACUUUCACUUCAGCAUUGUCGUAGCGUGGCCUAGCCGUUAAAUGAGUCAUUGAAACAAUGUAGCCUAAUGUUUUCUGCAAAGAUUAUGCAGACUGUUGCGAUUUACUGACGCACACACACACA